UCUUGCAUUCACCGUCUUUGGCCUGCUUUUGUCACUUCUUAUAAGGCUUAACUAAGAUCACUAUCACCAUUUCUUUCUUUCUAUCGAUCAUCAUAUAGCCAUUGAUUUAUGGGAGUUGAUAAUGGUGAUAAUCCUCUAUCUGACAAAGUUGUUAUCCUCCUUAUUGCCAUGGGUUCAGCAUUAUUUGUUGUCUCAUUGUACCAUGUUAUAUCCAUUUGUUUUUGCAGCCAACAACGAACCACCGCAAACCAAAACUCGCCACAGCUCGACCGCAACAACGAAAGCACAUUGGUGUCAGUAGCAAACAUCAUUCCAACGCACAAGUACCUCAAGACAAGCAAAGCUGGUGUUUCUGAUGACGAAGGCGGCGACACAUGUGCAGUGUGUUUGGGAGAUUUUGAGGAGGGUGAAGAGUUGAGGACUAUGCCUGAGUGCUUGCACUCCUUUCAUGUAGAGUGUAUUGACAUGUGGCUCCAUUCGCAUUCGAGUUGCCCCAUUUGCCGUGCCAGCGCCGCUCCUUCGCCGGCCGUGAAUGAACAACAUCGUAGCAUAGAUAUUAGUCAUAAUACGGCUCCACUUGCUAUCAUGCAACAUGGAUUGGUGCGAUGGUGAAGUUGUUAGCCUUGUUUUUAUAUAUAGGAGAUUUUGAUUCUUAUGGUUUUUGAGGAGUCAC